GUUUUGUUCAUAUGGAAUUUGAACGAGUAAUAACGUCGUGCGAAUUUUCUGCAUCUUCGUCAACUCUAACAGAAGUAGAGACCCCGUGAUGUCCAGUCGAGUGGAGAGCUUCCUGCAAUAUCGGCCUCCAGUGGUUUGAAUGUCUCUUGAGUUUUUUAUCAAAGAAGACGGGGUGCAUCUUGGCAAUUGUCUCAAAAUGAUACCUAUAUUCCCCUCUCCUCCAAGUACUUCAGUGUAAUCCUUUGACUCUUGCUUCCCCCACUUUUAAGAUAGUUGCUGCUGCUGCUCUUGUUCUUUGAUUAUUUGGUCGGGCAUGUGAGCAAUCUAGCUCUAUUUCUCUCUGAUCAUGGAAUAAUUCCGGCCGGAUAUAAAGAAAAUGAUACAUCGGCUCGAUAGCAGAGUACGAGAAUGGCAUGUAGUCUAAUCAUCCAAUCAUUCUCCGCUGCAUGCGCGAAUAAAGAUAAACUACGUCAGAGUGGCUUUGAUUGGCUGGACGCCGGAUUCCUGGACAACCACCAAAAGUAUGAAUCAUCCACCUCUUGCAGUACAUACCUAGGUACUUCUCACACAUUCUCUUCCUCUCAAGUACCGAAUAAAUGCAUCAUGGCAAAUGUUGGAAUAUCGGAAUCUCACUCUCUCAACAGCCUAGGAGGCUCAGUUCCCCCAGCGCCGGACUCAAGUUCCACUGCUGACAGUGAUAUUGCAAGGCAGCGUGAUACCGACAGGAAGAGAGCAUCUGCUCUUUUUGGGGCUGCACUCUCACAGUUUCCAAUAUGGGGAUUUGCAAUGAGCUACGGCGUCCUGCAAGAAUACUAUUUCGAGCACUGGACCAUGGCGGGCGGUCGCGAGAUCACAGGCAUCAUCGGGACAACAUCAAAUGGUGUUAUGUAUAUCUCCAUGCCGUUCAUGUUUGCCCUGUUUACCCGUCGCUGGGCUCAUUAUCGUCGGACGGCAGCAAUUCUUGGGGCCAUUAUCGCAUGUGCUAGCUUCGCUUUGUCCUCGCUGAGCAAACAUGUUUGGCAUCUUGUUGCAACUCAGGGAGUUCUGGCAGCGCUAGGAUGUGCCUUAGUCUUCAGUCCAACAACAUUAUCCCUUGGGGAAUGGUUCAACACGGACAACAGAAUCUGUAAUCGUGCAAUAGCAUAUGGCAUAGUACUUUCAUCCAAGAACAUUGUAGGUUCUACCUGCCCUUUCAUCUUCCGCGGACUCCUCGACAAAACCAGUCUCCGCACCACCAUGAUCGUAUGGGCCGUCAUCACCCUGGGAGCGGGCAUACUAUCAAUCCUCAUGAUCGCCACCCCCCAAACAAGUCUAAAUGCCUCUGAAACCGCCCGCGGACGAAAAAUCCCCUGGAAUUUCCUCCGACAUCAAGCAUUCUGGAUCUACAGCAUCGCGACUCUGCUCCAAAGCGCGGGCUACGGGAUCCCUCAGACAUAUUUAACAGAAUACGCACGCAACGUAUCUGCAUUAUCUCCUACAUUCUCCACGCUACUCAUCACGCUGAUCAAUAUCCCUGGGAUCUGCUCGUCGACUUUCUUCGGCUUCCUCAGCGACAAUAAGCAUCUCCGCCUCUCCGCCUCCACCGUAACUGCCAUAUCAGCCCUCAGCUCCGCCAUCUCGGCGUUUCUGUUCUGGGGUCUCGCCGCUCAAAAUAGCAUAGCUUUACUCACGCUAUUCGCAAUUACCUUUGGAUUCUUCGCUAGUGGGUACAGUGCGACGUGGGGCGGGAUCAUGAACGAUUUGGAGCACGAUGCUGCGGCCCGCAAUGAAGCGCUGGAUUCCGGCGUGCUCUAUGGUAUGUUGAAUGGCGCGCGGGGGAUUGGGUAUGUAGCUGGUGGGCUGAUUAGUGUGCCGUUGGUGAAGGCUGGAAACCAAGUGGAAAUUGGGAAGUUUGGGUAUGGAACUACGUAUGGCCCGCUAAUUGUGUUCACGGGGUUAUCGCUUGCGUUUGGAGGAGCGGGGAUCGCGUGUAGUCCAAAAUGGAAGAGGGUGCUAACUUUGGGCUGAUGAGUUUGUCUGGUAUUCAAAAUGUUGGGAUGGCAGGAGAUGAAAGAACUGUCAGGUUCGAUACGGUUCGUUUAUGAAUUCUCCACUCCCAUCGGUUGCUGAUUCUAGAAGGGGGCCAGAACAUUCUAAAUUACAGUACUCAUUUUCAAUUUGAGUCCACACUCCCUAAUCCCAAAGAUACAACUCUCACAACCGACCUCUCAUCGUUUUCGAAUAUUCUCUGUCCACCGCCGCCGCCACCCUAGCCCAACCCACAUCAUCUCCAUCAUCCACUCGACCCCAUAUUGAAUUGCUCUCAUCUUUCUCCCUUCCCCCAUGAUCAUCGACUUCCACACCCUCUGUCUGUGUCCCCGCAUCCAC